GCCCGGCCAAUGGGAGCGGCGGUUGUUAGCGGGCGGGGAGGUGGCGGCGUUGCCACAGCAGCGGCGGGGCCAGGGUUGUUGGUCAGGGUGCACUAUGGAGGGGCUGGAAGAUGAGGUUACAGUGCAAACUGGAGAUCUGUUGCCAUGUAGGAUUUGUGGAAGGACUUUCUUUCCAGCAGCACUGAAAAAGCAUGGACCCAUUUGCCAAAAAACUUCUGCCAAGAAAAGGAAGACAUUUGAUUCCAGCCGACAGAGAGCAGAAGGAACUGACAUUCCCACAGUAAAACCUUUGAAGCCGCGGCCAGAACCACCCAAAAAACCUUCCAACUGGAGACGAAAGCACGAGGAAUUUAUAGCUACUAUACGAGCAGCCAAAGGACUUAAUCUUAAAGAUGGUGGAAAACUCCCUCCACCACCUCCGCCAUCAUAUGACCCUGAUUACAUUCAGUGUCCAUAUUGUCAGAGGAGAUUUAAUGAAAAUGCAGCUGACAGACACAUCAAUUUCUGUAAGGAACAAGCAGCACGUAUUACUAAUAAGGGGAAAUUGGCAGCUGAUACCAAAGGGAAGCUUCCUACUCGAACACAGUACAAACCACCUGCAGUUAAGAAGAUGCCUUCUGUAGGAUCAACACCACCAUCAUCAUCACGCUUACCGCAGCCAAGUGGUGUUAGCAAAACUGUUGUAGGUGCCUCUUCAAGUAAAGGACUAUCUUCACCUGGAUCCAGUGGGAGCAAAAUUCAGACAUUGUCACCAGCUCAUAAAAACUCAUUUGGAAUGGUGAACUCACAAGCAGGUAGUAAGAUGGACAAGUUAGGCCUACCACUGCGAACUGGAAGAGAUGUGCAAAGGUUUUAUGACACUGAUACAAAAACAGACAGUACCAUCAAAAGACCAAAUGAGUUGUUGCCUGUAAAGAAAGGUGCAACAAAACCACGGACAUCAACCCCUCCUAGUGUGGCAAGAACCAUGAGCACAGGUGCUCUAACAAACAAAAGAAAAACUAGUAAUUCAGACAGUUACUCAAGGUCUGACAGUAAAAUUGGGUAUGACAGUGGAGACUGCACAUCCUCAGUCAAUGGAAGUUCAAAAAGCAGUGAAGGAAAUUCACCUGUACAUUUAUCAAAGUUCUGCCAUGAAUGUGGAACAAGGUAUCCAGUGGAAUGGGCAAAGUUUUGCUGUGAGUGUGGAAUUCGAAGAAUGGUUGUGUGAACGUAUUCUUAAAAUCAAAAAGAAAAUAGGAAGUAGGAAGCAUCUGCUAUAUACUGCUGCAUGGAAAACUAGAGCACUCCUUCCAGUUAGACUUCAUGCAGCAAACAUGAUGAAACAUCAUAUUGUAAUUUUCUGAGUGCAAUCUUCUGGUUACACAUUAAUUUAUAAAGAAAUAUAUAUACUGUAUAUAAAAACAGCAGGUACCUAAAACUGUGCCGUUCAAGGAAAUACUCUUUAAUCUCUGGAAAUAUUUAAAAUUAAGGUAAAAAUGUGUUAAGUAACUUAAGUAGCAGAAGUGGUUAAGUGUUAUUUUUUGUAUAAAUCCUACUAGAUAAGCGAUUUAAAUAAUUCUUUAUCUAAUAGGAUAAUACCCAUAGGGAACUAGCCAUGGAAAAAUUUGGGCUUCAAAAGUGUCUCAGUGGAAAUAUUUCCUUCAUAUGUGAUAGUAACUUAGAUGCUGUGGUCUAAGUGAGAACAACAUAAGCAACUCCUUAUAAAUUCCUAGCUAAAAGAGCAAAAAGUCUGCAUCCCUUAAAACUCUUUAAUAGUAAUGUUCUAAUUGGACUUUCCAGUUACUUCCUAGGAUUUUUUAAAGAAUCGAAGUGAAAAACUACCUGAGGAUUCUGUUCACAUGUAAGAAAAAAAGCAAGAUUUUCGUUUGUGGCUUUCCGUGUUCUGUUUUCCAAUAAGAACAUGUUAAUAUUUUUAUGUAUUUAUAAGGAAACUAUGGUAUCAUGAUUUUAUUAGGUUCUUUUUGCUGAGAAAUACUUGUCUUUGUCCUCCUGUGCUCCACCACAACUAGCAUAUCUAGAAGUUUUGUGCUUUUUGCAUUUAAAGGUUUCCAAAGAUCCUGCUCCUUUUUUCUCUUCCCUCAUUUCUUGAAGGAAAAACAAAGUCUAUGCUUGUCCUCCCUAAAUGUUGAACUCUUAUUUUGGAAAAAAGCCUUCUAGAUGUAUCCAAUACAAUAAAAAGGAAGAGUUCUAUUAAAAAUGUAUGUUAUUAAAGCAGUAGAACUUGAUGUAAGCAGUGACUGGUUUUUAUUCUUAUUCCUGUGCAAAAAGCACAGCUUACAUAUGAGUACAUGAUGGAGUAACUGUGCUCCAUAGGUUGAUGUGUUAAUACCUUACGUGGGUUUUUUGCUAUUUUCUGUAUUUCUGGGCUCUGAAGAGCGGUCUCUUGAAGUUAGUAAUGGACUUUGCAUUAAUUCAUUGGGAAGAAAGGUCAGGCCCUGGAAGCUCUUGUUGUUGUUUUUCUUUUUAUAAAUUACACCAGAUAUUAAAACCAUUCACAAGCCAAAUCACUUAACUUGUAUCUUAAUGUAGUAAUUUGUUUUGUGAAGUUUUGCUUCAAAGUACAGACACCAUCUUAGUCAUGUGUGCAGGAACAAUCUGAAAGAACUUAAUUGUGCCUUUCACACAAUAAAUGCACUCAGAAAUGGUUACUUUCAGCUCACAAACACCAUUGGUAUCUAUUCAUAUAAUUUCUUUGUAGUUUAUGCAAAAUAUAAUGUAGUGUUCCAUGACAGCGUUAGGAUCAUUGUUUGCAUUCUCAAAACUUGUGAUUACUAUCAAUGGGGCCAAUUUUGAAGAGAGCAAGACUGAGGAAAAGCAUCUCUAAAGCAGGUUCUAGUCUUGGAAGAUGAGAGAUUUAAGAGCCUUGACUAGUCAUGUUGUAAGCCACAAAUUAUUGCUUGUUUAUAAUUAGUACAAUGGUGUGGAAUUCUCUUACACUUUUUAUACAAAAUUGUUUUUAGAAAUUAUCCUUCGUUAGUAUAGUUUCGUUUUAUUAUAAUUUGCAUUAAGCUGGCUACUGAGCAUGGUAGGGUGGGUGGCUGGUAAUGAUAGUUAGAACUGACAAAUCACAGCCAAAUGAUGCUCGAAGUAGUUUAGGUUUUAGGAUCCAUAUUUUGGCAUAUUCAUAUCUGUAGUUGGAAAAAAUGGAAUCCUGCAUCCUUUGCGUAUGUAAGCCUGCUUUAGAAAAUUGGGCCAUAGAGUUCUGCAGAAUGAAUUACUGCAAACCAAGUGUCUAUCAGCAAAGAUCCAGAAGAAGUUGGAUCAGUUAGUGAAUCUACUGAGAAACCAAAUCCCUUAUCUGGCUUGAUGAACUUCCAGUUCUUGUUUUUACUGGAAAAAUACAUUUUACUAUUUAUUGAAAAUGCUUUCUGUGAAGGGAAAGUUUAGUAAGAAAUAAAUACUUUCCAGGUUUUCCAGGAUUGCUGUAACUGUAGAAAAAACAUAUCGACUGUUUCUCCUGUGAAUUGUAGGUGGCAGGUUUCCUCCCAUUGAGUCAAGAGCUUCGGAGUGGACCCCCACAGCAGCAGUCUGUGGUUUUAACAUUUUGCAUAGUGAGUCAGUAGGAGUUACUACACUUGCUGUGUAGUGUCUCAAUCAAUUUACAUGCAGGUACAGAGACGUAUAAAGGUAUCCAUUAAAAAUUCCCCUGAGGUUCAGUGAAAUAUUUACAUCAAAUGUCUCUGCAUUUCUCAAUGGGCGAGGGUUGAGCCUCAAGGAGUAGGGAGUCUUCAGCCCAGCUUCCGUUUGUUGCUGUCAGCGAUGGUUAGCACAAACUUGAGCGUAAGCUCCAAGGGGCAUCCCAUUCAGGGAGAGCUGCUGGUUGCAUCCCACUGUAAUCCAGGAGUGACCGAAGGGCCUCACUUUGGACCACUGUUUAUAGGGUCAUGAAAUGAUUGGCUUUAGUCAUGGGUAAAUUUCCAUCUUGGCCACAUUCUGAGUUGGUAACUACUAGAAAUUUUUCAGCACUCCAGUAACAAUGGUAUCUGUUCCACUGAGGCUAUGAUUGAGCAAAGGAAUGUUGCAAGGCUAUCAGGGGAUGACUGAUUAUCCCUGCCCUUGCUUUGCCACCUUGGCCAGGCAACAGGAGUCCCUGGUACGGCCAGUGCCUCCCUUGCAAGAGUGCCUGAUACAGCACCCAACUAGUUACACAAAGGCCAAGGCCUGAUGGGAAUUCCUGAGAUCGUAGAGCAGCCCAGUGGGGAGAAAUGUAGCACCACACAAUGGAAUGUUUGUUAGGAAAUAAUCGAUUUCAUAUAUUUUCAUAAUGCCCCUGCAGAACUGAAUAUGGGGAACAAAUUUGUUAUAUUUAAAGAAAAAGAUAAUCUGUUAAGGGAGGUGGACUCUGAAUUUUGAAUUUUUAGGUAUGUUAGUGACCUAUAACCAAAACCUGUUUCCCUAGCCCUCCCCCUGCUUUUAUAUCUUGGUUUUCAUGGGAGGAAGAAGCAGGUAUACAUAUACUAAAAGGAGAGUGUUCCAAAAUGUCUCAAGAAUCAAAACGUUGCUAAUUGUGAAGAUAAAACUGGUAGAUGAACUAUGCACCACUGAUGCACUUCAUUGAUGAGUCUAAGCUUAGCUAGUGUCAUCCUCUGGAUGCCUUGUUGACAGAUAUUUAACUUGAAAGCCCAAGUUAAAUAGCCCAAAUUCCUUAGAGUUCAUGUGUAAAAUUAGGUAGCAUCUGUAUUUGCAGUUCUCUGUGUGUGUAUAUUUAGGGUGUGCAUGUGAGCAAGCAUGUGGUUUGUGAGAACUGAUAAGUUACACAAAUGUAAAAAGUUGUUUCACUAAAGCAGAGUUGGUACAAACAAGGACUGAGUGCUCCUGGAGGAUUAUGAAGCCUCAGGCAGUAGGCUAAUGUAAUUACUGUCCAUUUAAAGUGAAAUUUUUUGAUGUGACUGCUUUAAUGAUUUCUGUAUCGGUGUCUGACCCUAUGACAGACUUUCUUUUACUGUCUGCCACUAUAUCUUCCUAAUGUGCUUAUUAAGGUUAUUCCAUUCAAUUGAAAAUAGAAAAAGAAAAAAAGUCAAAGGUCAAAUCCAUAUAAAGAAACAAGGAGGAGGCUUGUUUGGGAGUCUGGCCUGAGGGUGUUUGCACUCCCAUUCUGCUUUUGUGAUGUCUGUUGUACAAGGGAUAUAUCUGUGCCUGAAUGAGUGCAGGAUCGUUUGAACUGAUGUAAGUGCAAUGGAAUAAUGAAAAUACCAGCUUCAACAGUAAAAACAAUAUAGCAUAAGGUUUAAUCUUUAUAUGGUGUAUCUUACACAGGUUUAUAUUUAUGCAUGAUGCUCACUCCCUAGGUAGUUUCAGAACUGGAAUCUCUAAAUAUACAGCAAAUUAAGUAUAUGCUUAUGUGGAUAGUUAUGCCGUCAGUCUUACACACCACCCCAGGGAGGUGGGCGUGGGGAAGCACUUCCCUAUUUCAGCUCGUACCUACAAAAUGACCAUUUCGGCAGUUUUGAGGCUUGAGGAGUCGUUGGAGGGUGGGAGAUGUGGGGAGCUCUCCAUGGUGCUGUUGGUGCUAUGCCUCCCACAGCUCCAGCUCUUCCCUGGGCUGCAGGUAGCAGGGUCCAUGGGCUGAUGGCUCUCAAAUGGAUUCCAAGAGCUGAGCAAGUCAUUGGGCUUGUAACUUGCCAUUGCAGCUGAGAGAGUUAGUGCCUGAAAUGCAGUGUGCAAAAAGGAAAGUUUCAUGAUGCACACUGACCAAAUCAGUGGAAGGAGGUGUGGCUGCAGUAGUUUAAACACUAAUAAGGCAUGUAGCACUGCACACUGAUGUAGGCUAUGUAAUUAUUUUGAGUAUAAAAUGAAGUGGUAUUGUCUAUGUAUCACAAAGUUCUCCAGAAGUGCUGGAUGCCAGCUCAUAGACUUUGUAUAUGUGCAAGGAAUAAACUUGUUACAACUUUUCCUUUAAUAUUGGUGUUUUGUAAGAGCACUUUUUGCUCUUUCCAGUUUGACUAAGCUAUGAAUAAUUACAUGGAUUGUAUGACAGGGUAGAAUUUUCAUCUUUGGUGAAAUUGGUUUUGAUGACUCUGGUGAAAAUAGUUUUAUUGCCUUUCAAGUACUGGUCAUUCCAACUUUUGAUGGUUUUGCUGAUGGUUUUGGGUUUUGUUUUGUUUUUUUCCAACUCUCUGGUAAGGUUUGAUGUUACCUAAUUAUGUUGUUGAAAUGUUUGAUUGGUAUUUUCUUCCCAAUGUUCACAAUAUAAGAGAUUACUCUUUCAUACUAGUUCAGUGGAGUGGGUUUUUUUUGUUACGUCAUUCCAGAAUGCAGGUUUCUGGAGAAUCCUACUUAGCCCCAUUCCAUUCCAUGUUGCCAGAAAACAGCUUAUUCAUACUUUCUUUUAAUUAGUUUUUCUUUUUUACAAAAAUAAUCAAUUUCUCCAACUUGAACAUUAACUUUUAAGUUAGCAAAUCAAAUAGUUAGUUUAAGAUAACUGAAUAUUGAACUGAAGUUCUAAAUAGUAGUGCGUGGUUUACCAUAGCUCCGUAUUUGGAUUUCUGGCAGAAGCGUGAAUGGAUUUGGGUCUGAUGUGUAAAGUGUUGAACAUUCUAAGACUGUUACAAUACCUACAUUGUAUGAUUGCUCUAACUCCCAGUGUUCAUCCUUUAUAUGAUACUUACUAUGUAUCUUCAUAAGUUUAUUUAUUGAUAUUUCAUGUUUUUAAAUGAAGUGUUCAUUCAUGUGUUUGAGGUGAUUAAUUCUGUUAACAUUGCAUUUAUUAUGUUUGCCUUGCCCCUCAUACAUUGAAUAUUUGUGUUUAUGACCAUCCAGGGGCUUUUGGGUUUGGGGUUUUUUUUUUUUUUUUAGAAUCCUUGGGUUUGUUUGCAUCUUAUUUGGUAUAUAUGUUUAUUUUAAAGUGUCAGUUCUGUUUAACUUAAUAAAUGUAAAUCACCACCUAGUGCUAAUUUGCCACUUGUUAACAAUAAAGCAAAUAUACCAAUAAAACGUUUUGUGACGUACACAUUUUUGUA